AUGAGAGUAGCGGUGGUUGGUGCUGGGAUCAGUGGACUUGUUUCAGCUUAUGUUCUUGCAAAAGCCGGUGUCGAGGUUGUUCUAUACGAGAAAGAGGAGUACUUAGGAGGCCAUGCGAAGACUGUCAGUUUCGAUGGUGUUGAUUUAGACCUCGGCUUCAUGGUCUUCAAUCGGGUAACAUAUCCAAAUAUGAUGGAAUUCUUCGAGAGCCUUGGAAUAGAUAUGGAGUUAUCAGAUAUGUCAUUCUCAGUGAGCUUAGACCAAGGCCAAGGUUGUGAAUGGGGUAGCAGAAAUGGGUUGUCAGGUUUGUUUGCACAGAAGAAGAAUAUGUUAAAUCCGUACUUUUGGAAAAUGCUUCGAGAAAUUAUCAAGUUUAAGGAAGAUGUACUCAGUUAUCUUGAGGUGCUUGAGAAUAGCCCAGAUGUUGAUAUGAAUGAAACCUUAGGGCAAUUCGUCAAGUCACGAGGUUACUCUGAAUUAUUUCUGAAGGCUUAUCUUAUCCCCGUAUGUGGUUCUAUAUGGUCCUGCCCUUCAGAAGGAGUUAUGAGCUUUUCAGCUUUCUCUGUGCUCUCGUUUUGCCGUAACCAUCAUUUGCUUCAGCUCUUUGGUCGGCCUCAGUGGCUCACAGUCAGACAUCGAUCGCAUUCUUACAUCAACAAGGUCAGAGAAAAGCUGGGAAGUUGGGGUUGCCAAAUACGAACCGGUUGUGAGGUACAGGCUGUUACAACUACAGAUGAGGUACUUUGUAGAGAUGGCUUGCUAGAAAUGUACAGUGGGUGCAUAAUGGCCGUCCAUGCCCCAGAUGCUCUGGAAUUAUUGGGGAAGCAAGCGACAUUUGAUGAAACAAGAAUACUUGGUGCUUUCCGAUAUAUGUAUAGCGAUAUUUUCCUUCACCGUGAUAAAAAAUUUAUGCCUCAAAACUCAGCAGCAUGGAGUGCAUGGAAUUUCUUGGAAAGUACAGAGAAUAAAGUCUGUCUGACAUAUUGGCUGAAUGUGCUUCAGAAUAUUGGUGAAACAGGCCUGCCUUUUCUUGUUACACUCAAUCCAAAUCGUGCACCAGACCAUACCUUACUCAAGUGGUCAAUUGGCCAUCCAGUUCCAUCUGUAGCUGCAAAAAAGCUUCACUUGAGCUUGACCAUAUUCAAGGCAGGAGGAGAGUUUGGUUUUGUGGAGCGUACCAAGUCAGGCAUGGUUGCUGCACAUGGUUUGCUAGGAAACAGUGGUGCCAUUCUGAGCAAUCCAAAACACAUGGAAGGAGGCACAGUUUUCUCCUUUGAGGGAACUUCUAAAAAAUGUUCUCUGAAAACUGUUUUGAAGGUUCACAAUCCCCAGUUUUACUGGAAGGCUGAUUUAGGCCUCGCAGAUGCAUAUAUCAAUGGUGAUUUUUCCUUUGUUGACAAAAAUGAAGGUCUUCUAAACCUUUUCAUGAUUCUCAUCGUAAAUAGAGAUGCUAAUAAUUCUACAUCAAGUCUGAUCAAGAAAAGGGGCUGGUGGACGCCAUUAUUAUUCACAGCUGCUAUUGCAUCGGCAAAAUUUUUCAUUCAGCAUGUAUCAAGGAAAAAUACUCUUACACAAGCUCGCAGAAACAUCUCUCGUCAUUAUGACCUGAGUAAUGAACUUUUUGCUCUGUUCUUGGAUGAAACAAUGGCAUACUCUUGUGCAGUAUUUAAGACAGAAGAUGAAGACCUGAAAGCUGCACAAAUGAGAAAAAUAUCCCUUCUAAUCGAAAAAGCUAGAGUCAAUGAAGACCAUGAAGUUCUUGAGAUUGGUUGUGGCUGGGGAACGUUAGCUAUUGAAGUUGUCCAACGAACUGGAUGUAAAUACACUGGAAUUACUCUAUCUGAGGAGCAAUUAAAAUAUGCAGAAAUGAAAGUGAAGGAAUCUGGUCUCCAGGACCGUAUAAGAUUUCACCUCUCCGACUAUCGUCAAUUGCCCAAGACCCACAAAUAUGACAGAAUAAUAUCCUGCGAAAUGAUAGAAGCUGUGGGUCACGAAUACAUGGAAGAGUUUUUUGGUUGCUGCGAAUCAGUAUUGGCAGAAAAUGGGCUCCUUGUCCUACAGUUCAUAUCAAUACCGGAAGAAAGAUAUGAUGAGUACAGGAAGAGUUCAGAUUUUAUCAAGGAAUAUAUAUUUCCUGGUGGAUGCUUGCCUUCAUUAACUAGGAUAAUGUCAGCCAUGGCCACUUCAUCGAGACUCUGCGUGGAGCAUGUGGAAAACAUCGGAAUUCAUUACUAUCAAACACUUAGAUGCUGGAGAAAAAAUUUCUUGGAGAAGCAGAGAAAAAUUCUUGCCCUGGGAUUCAAUGAAAACUUCAUUCGAACAUGGGAGUAUUAUUUUGAUUACUCUGCAGCUGGUUUCAAGUCACUUACACUUGGAAAUUAUCAGGUAAAUCUCAAGAUUGCAAAAUUUAUGUUCAAUGCCAUCCCAUGUUCUCUGAAAGAUGUGUCAGUCAAAUCAACCCUCUUAAACUUCUUCGGAACAUAA